AGUGCGUCACUCGCGCAUACCGGAGCACCAGAAUCAGUGUGAGCUGGACGUUUGGGUAAACAUGUUUUUACAUUCAUUUCCAGCGCAAAGAUCUGCUGUGUGACGGUCCGGAUCUGUCAUCAUGGAUUUCCAGCACAGAGCGGGAGGGAAAACGGGCAGCGGUGGCGUCGCCUCUUCGUCCGAGAGCAACCGAGACCGGCGUGAGCGACUGCGACAGCUCGCCUUAGAGACCAUAGACAUCAAUAAAGAUCCAUACUUCAUGAAAAACCAUUUGGGCUCAUAUGAGUGUAAACUGUGUCUCACACUGCACAAUAACGAGGGAAGUUAUCUAGCUCACACACAGGGAAAAAAGCACCAGACUAACCUAGCGAGACGAGCCGCAAAAGAGGCGAAGGACGCUCCAGCACAACCGGCUCCAGAGAAAGUGAAGGUUGAAGUGAAGAAAUUUGUCAAGAUUGGCCGGCCGGGUUAUAAAGUAACAAAACAGAGGGAUCCAGAGACUGGACAGCAAAGUCUGCUAUUCCAGAUUGACUAUCCAGAGAUAGCGGAAGGCAUCGGGCCGCGGCAUCGCUUCAUGUCGGCGUACGAACAGAGAAUCGAACCUCCCGAUCGCCGUUGGCAGUACUUGCUGUUUGCAGCUGAGCCGUAUGAAACCAUCUCAUUCAAGGUCCCCAGUCGAGAAAUUGAUAAAGGAGAGACUCGAUUUUGGAGUCAUUGGAACAGAGAAACAAAACAGUUCUUUCUGCAGUUUCACUUUAAGAUGGAGAAAUCGAUGCCCCCUCCAAUUGGUCAAGUAUCAUCAGUGGGUGUCAAGCGCCCACCGUCACUCAUCACUGGACUCGGGCCACGCCCACCCAGCAACUCCAUGCCACCCCCACCACCCGGAGGCAUGCCAGGAAUGCCACCUUUGCCUCCCGGUGCUCCUGUCAUGCCUCAGAUGCCCCCACAAAUGCCCCCUCCAGGUGCCCUCCCCCCACACAUGAGACCCCCCCUCCCCAGUAACUGAAUAGCUGAACAUCCACGAGCGUCUCUGUGAAUGAUUUCGUACAGUUUUAUCCCUUGAGAUGCCGCGGGCACAUUUGUACAAAUCUUGAUGUAUUAAAGGCUUGUUUAAAGAAUUGAUUCGUCUUUGUAGGGUAUGCAUAUGUGUCUGGCACCACUGAGAGUCAAGUCAGAACAGCCCAACCAAUGUUCAACUGAUCUUAUGUUUUGUUUAUUAUUAAAAGAAAGAAAAACA